AUGGGAGAACCAGCCGCAGAAGAGCAGCGUCCCGUCGCCGUAAGUCAUCUGGAGGCCUCCAGUUCCCCAGGAGAAGUGUUCUUGUAGAGGUUCUUUGGUCGAGGAUGCCGUCGGGUCUUGAUCUCCGUCUAUGGCUGGGAUUUUCGCUGAAAAUUUCUCGUCCUUUUGUUUGCAGAGCCAGGAGGAGGUGGCUCAGGCGGAGCGGAAGCUGAAGCACCUGGAAUUUUUUCACCUUGCGGCGAUCCAAGCGGUGGUGUGCCUCUUGAGGCUGUACGGAUUCGCCAAGGAGAACUCCGGUCCUCUGAAGCCUGGGGUCCAGGCCGUGGAAGGCACCGUCAUGACCGUCGUCGGCCCCGUGUAUGACAGGUUCCACGAUGUCCCGUACGAGAUCCUGAGGUUCAUCGAUCGAAAGGUUAGUGACAUCCGUACGAUUCCAAUCCUUGUACUUCUGUUGAUCACUUUUCCUGCGCGCUUUCACGGGGAUCUGCGCGCCUACGGUGGGGCAUUCCCUCUUCUCUCGGUCACCGCUGUCGGACAUCAUCGUCUCGUGCAUUGCUCAUAAUAUAAAUUCAUGGUCGAAUCCCAUGCCGCUUACAGGUUGACGAGUCGAUGAGCGAUUUGGAGCGUUUCGUCCCUACGACGGUGAAGAACGUAUCAACUCAGGCCUAUACAGCGGCGCAGAAGGCCCCCGAGGUCGCGAGAUCCAUCGCCGGCGACGUGCAGCGGGCCGGGGUAUUGCCCACGGCGACCGCCCUGGCCAAGGACGUGGUGGCCAGUUGCGAGCCCACCGCCAAGAAGCUGUACGCGACGUACGAGCCGGUGGCCGAGCACUACGCCGUCGCCGCCUGGCACACCUUGAACCGCCUCCCGCUGUUCCCCCAGGUAGCGCAAGUCGUCGUGCCCACCGUGGCUCACUGGACGGACAAGUACAACGCCGCCGUGACCUACGCCGCGGAGAACGGCUACGCUGCCGCCGCCUACCUCCCGCACGUCCCGACCGAGCGGAUCUCCAAGAUCUACUGCUCCUCCGCCGGCGGCGAGGCGACGGCCGCCGCGGCUCGCUGA